UGCUCGCUCUUUCAAAAUGGCGGCGUCCAGCACAUCGGAUGUCGUGCAUGAUGCUGACUGUAAUGAGUCUGAUUCAGCCUGUAUAUUUCCAGGAUUUGCGGACGUGAACGAAUUUUCUCAGCAAGCCCUGAAAGCUGUUUUGCAGGCUACUAGAAGCUCAAAUGGUCUCCCUGUUGGAGAUGAUUAUGAAUUUUACUCGACCUUUCGGUCUGUUCGGGAUGUUAUGGACAUUGAAGGCCGAAGGAUCCUUGGCGUCCUGCAGAGAAUCCUGAGGCAUCAGAAUGUGAAAGGAAAUAUUCGGCAUGGCAGUACCACGGAGCUUGAGGACAAAUUUGACAUUCUGAUGGAUGUGAAUGACCAGCUAUUGGAACGAGUGGGUGCAUCAUUGGACGAGGCGUCUGGGCUUCGCAAGGAGGAGAAGAAACUGGUUGUGGCAGCGGCUUCCUACACUCCGUCCAAGUCAGCGACCAGCUGGAACAAAAAGCCCCCGGGCAACUCCAGCAAGCCAGCAGCUGCUUACAGGCUACUUACUGCUCGUAAUAUUCAAAGGCCUCAGCUGCGCUUCCAAGAUAAAAUUGACAACAGCAAUAACCCGUACAGACCACAGAUAAGGAACAAGCCCCACGCUGUAAUUUCUCUAGAAGAGAGCUUGCAUUUACCAGAGGGAGUAACACUGGAGGACACAGAAAGGCCAGAUUUUGUUUACCCACAUCCCUAUCGAGUUGAACUUGAGAGAUUCAGGCCUAGCCCGGAGCAGCUAAAAAAAGUCACUCCUCAGGAGCCCCAGUCCGUGCGGCUGACGCCGUUGAUGAUGGUGGAGACGAGCCAACAGCUGGACGAGCUCCUCGCUCACCUCAAGACACAAGUGGAAUUUGCCGUUGAUUUGGAGGCUCACACCUACCGCAGUUUCCAGGGUUUGACUUGCCUCAUGCAAAUCUCCACCAGGUCUCAUGACUACAUUGUGGAUGUUUUGGAACUCAGGAGCGAGAUGUACAAACUGAACGAAGUGUUUGCCGACCCUUCCAUCACCAAAGUCCUCCACGGAGCGGACAUGGACAUCGUGUGGCUGCAGCGAGACUUUGGUGUGUACGUCGUCAACAUGUUCGACACGGGCCAGGCUGCCAGGGUGCUGGGCUUUUCCCGCUUCUCCCUGGCCCACCUCAUGAUGAACUUCUGCCGCGUGGAGCCAGACAAACAGUUUCAGCUGGCCGACUGGAGGAUAAGACCUCUGCCUGCUGAACUUGUCAGCUACGCCCGAGAGGACACCCACUACCUCCUGUACAUUUACGACAUGAUGAGGAACCAGCUGAUUGACCAGGGAAACGAGCAAGCCAACCUCCUGGUGUCUGUGUACGACCGCAGCGCCAUGGUUGCUUCUAAGGUUUACCGGAAACCAUGUUUUUCCGAGUGGGAUCACCUGGAGCUGUACAGGAAGAGCAAAAAGACGUUCAGCAACCAGCAGAUGGCAGCUUUCAAAGAGCUCUUCAACUGGAGAGAUAAGUUAGCCAGGGUGGAGGACGAGAGCUUAGGGUAUGUGUUGCCCAACCACAUGCUGCUCCAGAUUGCGGAGAUCCUCCCGCGCGAGCGCCAGGGUGUGUUGGCGUGCUGUAACCCCAUCCCUCCCCUGGUACGACAGUCGCUGCCGGAGAUACACAACGUCAUUCUGCAUGCUCGAGAACUUGCCUUGGUCAAGGUGGAGAAAGCGACGACCCGUCCCUCGGUGGUGGAGCACCCAAAGUAUGACGCAGACAGCAUCCUCAACUGUCCCCACGACAUGUCGCACCUCGACAACAGGCUGGGUCAGAUCGAGCAGAAGAUCGCUGAAACUGGCCUGGUUGCCACAUCCUCCUCAAUGUUUGGCAGCAGUUGUGUUGUGCCUUUGAAAGAUUCCCCGACCAUAGCAGCCUUCCAAGAACUGAAUGAAAAUUUUCAGAUCUUGAGGAAUGCAGGGGCCAGGAGGCUGGCUAAGGAGGUCAAGAGUUUAUUUGCCAGUCCUUUUAUGAAGUACAUUCUUCGGGACAAGGAAGCCAAAGUCAAACCUCAGCGUAAAGAAAUGUGGAAGAUGAAGCCUCCCACAGGCGUGAAGAGGAAAGCUGAGGACAGUUCUGGGGUCAGCGAGCAGGUCGACCUGGAUGCCUUUGAACCGGAGUUUGUUCCCCCCACCAAGAGGACCAAAGCCGACGGUCAGGCGGACGGUCCUGGGCAGGUACCAGAAGGUAGCAGUUUGCCGGUGCAGAGAGCCACAAGUCUGUUCCAACCCCCGCCCAACUACCAGGGAAGUGCCACAGUGUCGUCGUCGAAGCCGGGGAGGAAGACGGACGAAAAAGUGGAGAGGCAGAUCAAGUCUUUGAGGCAAGAGGUGUCACAAAAAAAGAAAAAAGAGAAGAAGAAGGACAAAGCUAAACGGAAGGAGAAGGAAGCUGCUCCAGCCAGUGAGAACGGUUCUUCUUCCACUCUCGAUUCACAAAGUUCUGUCGGGGACACCAGUGCAAAUAUUCCAGUGGAGGCUCAGGAGAGCAACGUUUCUGUACCUGUGAUCAACGAAGUGACAGAAGGGAAGAAGAAGACGAAAAAUAAGAAUAAGAAACUGACCAUUGAAGACGUACAGGAGAAGUUUUCUACGUUUGAUUACUCCGCUGCUGAAGCUAAUCUUUCAAAAGCCAAAAAACAGAAGACGGAUGUGUACGAUUCGGCUUUACCGAAAAGAGGAAGCAAAGAAAAGGUGAAGAAGACCAAACUGUCAGGUCCCAAGAGCAACAAGAGCAUCAGUUUUGAUCCCAGCAUGAAGAGAAAAAAAUAAAGUGGGCGCUGGGAACAUUGAAAGUCACGGAGAAUUUAUGCCGGAGCAGAGCUGCACGGAAGCUGAACGUGUCCUGCUGCGUAGAGCAGGAGGAAGACUCCACUGUUCUUCUCUCUUUGACAGAGUGAUGGAUGCGGUCUGCAGGAUUUUGCCGACCGUCCUGAAUGUCCUGCGACUGUCCCACAGAUUCAGCCGCUGGGGGAUUUGGGAUUUAAUCUCAUAGGCUACCUCAGAGGAAGCCUCUGUAGAAUUUUGUUCAUCAGCUAUCUGAGGUUACUCUAUAACUAUAACGGGAGGUGUCCUGGGUUCAGUUUUAGAAAAGUUGGCAAGUUGUCCACUGUCUUUGUCUCAGAGACUGUUCAGUGGAAAGGUCUUGAAAAAAUAAUUCAGGUGAAUUUUAAGACAUGCAUUUAAUAAUUUUUGUUAAGGUCUGAGUAUGGAAGUCUGUCUGUAUAUAAUAUUGGAAAAUCUGUAGUCUCUGUUUUCUGAUAUUGCUGCUUAAGGACCUGCCAAUGUGGAAGAAAAUUUGUGAACUUCCAAGACUGAUUUUGCCAAUAUUAAGAAAACAAAGCCCAUAAGUCUCUUUAAGAGAUAUUUUGCUGCACUUUGAAUAGCACGAAUUUAUUGAAUGUGGAAAAGUGAGUGUGAAUUGGGGGGGGGGGGGUAUGUUUGUCUUCAUUAUCAACUGCUCAGUGGGAGCCUGUGAUAUGUUACUUUUCUAAAUGGUGUAUUGGAGAGUCUUCCAUUAAGCAGUUGUAGUGCUUUGCAUAUGAUUGACUUAGGAAUAAAAGAAAGUUCCCACAUUAGUCCCCAUGUACAAUAAGAAACCAGGUAGUGGGACAGAAUUUUUUAUUUUAAAUUUCCUCUCAUUAAAAGCCUUUUGCUGCUUGAAUUUAAAUAGGUAGUUAUUGAAUAUUUUUUUUCUGAAAUGGGGACUGAGUUUCAGAAGCCACAGAUAAAUACUUUUGUUGUGUUUGUACAUAGGAGAAAGGAGAGAUAUUUAUAUACCGGUAUGAUUAUUGAAAUCGUGAUUGCAGUCGAAUUUGUUUGACGGCCACUCAUUGCUGAGGAGAAAAGUGGUUGUCUGGACAAUGUCACUUUAAUGUUUUAAAAAAAUAAAACGCGCGGGGGGGGGGGGGGUCCAUUUGUAGUUGUACAUACAUAUGAUUGUCUUUUUCAAGUGGCCCUUGAGGCAGGUUCGGCUGUUUCUUGUUUAAAACAUUAAAUAAAAUCAACUUUGUUGCUCAA